UCGGAAGCCCAACACCGUUCCGUGCGGCCACGAUGAUUCCACCGAGCAGCGCCCGUGAGGACGGCGUGGACGGGCUGCCCAAGGAGGCGGCGAGCACAGAUCAGCCGCCCUCUCCUGCAUCCACCGGCAGCCAGGAAUCCAAGCUCCAGAAACUAAAACGAUCACUUUCUUUCAAGACCAAGAGUUUACGGAGCAAAAGUGCUGACAACUUCUUCCAGCGAACCAACAGUGACGCGAAGCUGCAAGCAGACAUGCCGGCUGAGGUCAGCCCCAGCUCCAGCCCACUUCCUGCUUCUGGAAGCCUGAUGUCCACACCCACCAGGACUGGUCUGCACCCAGGUAGCGGAAAGGCCCAUGCCUUUCAGGAACACAUCUUCAAGAAGCCCACCUUCUGUGAUGUCUGCAACCACAUGAUUGUGGGAACCAAUGCUAAGCAUGGACUACGCUGCAAAGCCUGUAAGAUGAGCAUCCACCACAAGUGCAUGGAUGGUCUAGCACCCCAGCGGUGUAUGGGCAAGCUGCCAAAGGGAUUCCGACGUUACUACAGCUCCCCCUUGCUCAUUCACGAACAGUUUGGAUGCAUUAAAGAAGUUAUGCCCAUUGCCUGUGGCAAUAAGGUGGACCCUGUCUACGAGACCCUUCGCUUCGGCACCUCCCUGGCCCAGAGAACGAAGAAAGGCAGUUCCGGCAGUGGCUCGGAUUCACCUCACAGAACCUCUACUUCAGACCUUGUGGAGGUUCCUGAAGAAGCUGAUGGUACAGGAGGUGGAUUCGACCUAAGGAAACGCAGCAACAGUGUGUUUACGUAUCCAGAAAAUGGCACUGACGAUAUCAGAGACCAAGCAAAGAACUUAAACCACCAGGGACCUCUUUCCAAAGAUACAUUACAGAUGAACACCUAUGUUGCCUUGUACAAAUUCGUACCACAGGAAAAUGAAGAUUUGGAAAUGAGGCCAGGAGACUUGAUUACUGUUCUAGAGGAUUCCAAUGAAGACUGGUGGAAAGGGAAAAUUCAAGACAGGACUGGCUUUUUCCCAGCCAAUUUUGUUCAGAGAGUACAAGAAGAUGAGAAGAUUUUUAGAUGUGUUAGAACCUUCAUUGGAUGUAAAGAACAGGGACAGAUAACACUGAAAGAAAAUCAGAUCUGUGUGACUUCUGAAGAAGAACAAGACGGCUUUAUCAGAGUUCUCAGUGGAAAGAAGAGAGGCCUCAUCCCCUUCGAUGUCCUAGAGAACAUCUGA